GGUGUCUUUAGGAACCAGAGAAACAGGGUCAGGUUAAACCUGUCAGUAAGGACACAGUAGCAUACUACAGCAGGACUAAAGGAGGUCUGAUCCCUUCAGGUCCAGCAGCUCCCCCUGAUAGUGUUGUUUCCUUCAGCAGUGAUGGCAGCUCAGCACGUGAAGCCCAACUUCAGCCAGUCUCAGGCGUCUGAGCUGGUGAAGCGUCUCUUCAGGCUGACGCCAUCAGAAGUCCGCUCUCUGCCGAGCUACGAUGACCAGAACUUCUACGUGGCGGCGGAGGAGGGAGGCGAGUACGUCCUGAAGAUCACGAACUCAGAGGACAGUAAGAACUCCGUCAUGAUCCAGGUGCAGACGCACGCCAUGACCUUCAUGCAUCAGAACGGGCUUCCUGCACAGACGGCGCUGCCCACCACCUCAGGACAGCUCAUGAGCCUGGAGGAGACGGGCUGUGGAUAUGGCAGUCAGAAGUACCUGGUGCGGUUGCUGACCUACCUGCCUGGAACUACGAUUUCCAAGGUUCCUCUAACGCCACAGCUACUGUACGAGGCGGGCCAGACCGCUGCCCAGAUGGACCAAAUACUACAAAAGAUGGAGCAUCCUCACCUGAGCGUCCUUCAGAGAGAGGCAUUCAGAUGGAGUCUUUCAAACCUCCCCCUCCUGGAGUCCUACCUUCACCUGAUGGACGGAGACCCUCUACAGGAAGUCGUGAAGUCUGUCCUCCAUCAGUUCAAAACCUUUGUGGUCCCCAGAUGGGACAGUUUACGCAAGA